AUGGGGGACACCCUGGACAGGCUUCGUCAGUCCCUCACGGGGACACAAUUAAUAUCAGGACAGCAAAGCAUGUCAGCUGCUCUAAAGUCUUUCUUCAUGUGUGUUUUAAUUCAAGGCGCUGUCUGCCGGCACUGGUCAGCCGUCCUGCCUCAGACGGUCACAGCGCUGAGUGGAUCAUGUGCGGUCAUCCCUUGCAGGUUCACUUUGCCUCCAGAGUGGGAUCAACACCUGGACCAUUCCUGUAGGGCCAUAUGGAAGCGAGGCGGGAGGACGCAAACACAAGUGUUUGAUUCUAGCCUCACGGGAGCAAAUGUGAAACAAAACGUCAUGCAGGGAAACCUGAGCGGGAUUCUCCAGGACAAAGAAUGCACCACCGUCUUCAACAACCUUCCAUCAAACACUUACGAUAAUUAUUACUUCAGACUGCAGUGUGACAACUCUCUGAAAUACAACUUUCCAACAAGUGUCUUCAUCACCACUCGAGAUUCACUUCCCAGACUUACAGUAACUCCAGUCAGGCUGGAAGUAGAAGAAGGAACUCCAGUGACGCUGAACUGCUCCGCUCUUAACCCCUGUCCUGCUCUUCCUCCAGUUUUAACAUGGACACCCAGUAUAGGUGACACUGAGGAGAAUACGACAGGAAAACCUGUGAUUUCUGUGCUCAACUUUACGUCUUCUUACGUCCACGACGGACAGAAGUUUUCCUGCAAUGCUCUCUACAGCCGACAAGCUGGGCACAGUGACCUUAUUUAUAAAAAAAGUUUAACCUUGCGUGUUCUUUAUCCUCCUCGUAACACAUCAGUCCGCUACUCUGGUCCAGUCCUCGAGGACAGCUCGGUCGUUCUGACCUGCAGCGCUGAUGCAAACCCAACUGUGGACAGCUACAUCUGGUACAAAGUCACUGGAGACAAAGUGGAAGCUGUGGGAUUUAGGAAAAGACUUUUGACUACAGUCAAGGAGGCAGAAAGACAAUUUUUCUGCAAAGUCAGCAACAAAUAUGGAUCCCAGAACUCCUCCAUCGUUCAGAUAGACGUUAAGUUUUCUCCAAAGGGAACUACAGUAAUUGUGAACGCGACUGGUCCAGUCCUGGAGGGCGGUUCAGUUUCUCUGCUCUGUCAGAGCCGUUCAAACCCACCGGUGACCGACUACACCUGGUUAAGAGACGAUGAAGUGGACCAGGAGACCGGCCCCAUCUUAAUUAUUGAUGACAUCACUUCCAGUCAUAGCGGUGGUUAUCAGUGCGCAGCAAAAAAUCCCCAUGGAGAAGAAAGUUCAGCAAAGAUUCAUUUGGAUGUGCAGUAUCCCCCUAAGAACACAUUGGUGUCGGCUGACCCGUCUGGUCCGAUUCUGGUUGGCAGCUCUGUGACUCUGACUUGCACAACCACGGCCAACCCAGCAGUCGUAAACUUUAGCUGGUUCCGAGCAGCUGAAAGAGAAAAGGAGGCGGUUGGAUCUGAUCAAGACUUCACCUUCAAUGUGACCAAACUCUCAGAGGAUCAGUAUUACUGCGAGGCUCUUAACGUCCACGGAGCUGACAGCUCUGAGCCCACCAGGGUGGAUGUCAUGUUUCCUCCAGAGAUCCUACCCUCUUCCAGAUGCACCAAAAUGUUAUCCCAGUUUUGGUGUUCCUGCAUCAGCCAGGGUAACCCACUUCCUUCCCUGGUUUGGGAACUGGCUGGGGAGCCUGUCAAUCACUCUGACCCUUCGCUCCAGGAGCUAACCAUAGGACACACAACCCUUGAGAGCCUCCUAACUCUGUACCGAGUGAAUGAAGACAUGCCUUCUCUGGUGUGCCUCAGCAGCAACUCACUGGGCUCUGAUAGGCUGGAUUAUGAAGUCUCCUCCAGUGAAAAUCAGCUGGGUCUUCAUGCUGAGUCUCUGCUCAUUGGCUCUGCAGUUGGAGCUGUGGGGAUGCUGGUGGUGUGCGUCCCACUGCUGAUUUAUUUUUGCAGGUAA